AUGGGCAGUGUAGCCACCGAAGACAGCAGCAGCUUCCCAAAGAAGUCGGUUCCAUCAGGUGCAUGGGACACCCACCAUCAUAUUUUCGAGCCGGAUCGUUUUCCAUUCGCAGAAGGUCGACACUUCACACCCGCCCGCGCCUCGCUCGAAGAUUUACGGAAGUUCGAAAAGUCGAUUGAAGUCGACCAUGUCUGCAUUGCGCAUGGUCUCUCCUAUGGGCCUGACUGCAGGUCUCUUCUUUACUACUUGGAACAAUUCCGCGGCCAGGCACGGGGUAUUUGCGUGUUGGAUCUGGAAACGAUUUCAGAUGAGCUUCUAGAUGAAUAUCACGAGGCUGGGGUACGCUCAGUUCGCCUAGACUUUUUCCGCCACAAGGCCAUGGACAACGUGCAGAUUCAAGCGGAGUUGAUCGAAGCUACGGCUAAACGGCUAGCAAAAUGGGGCAGGCCAGGAUGGAGCAUUCAGAUCCAACAACCUCAUCUUGAGUUUUGGCCACGCCUGCGAGACGUGGUGGACAGCUGCCCGGUACCAGUUGUGGUGGACCAUUUUGCCUUAAUAGCUGGGAGUAGCUACAGGGCUAAUGAUCAUACCACCAAUACCCAGGAUGAUUCGUAUCUGGCCGAAGGAGAACGCAUCGGCCUGGCAGCACUUUGCGAGACACUCCGAAAUGGUAACCUAUGGAUCAAACUUUCGGCCCCAUAUCGCUGUUCAAAUCUGGCGCCAGGCUAUGAUGACCUCCGCUGGCUGGUGAGGUGUUUUGUGGAUGCUAACCCGAGGCGAGUGGUUUGGGGAAGUGAUUGGCCCCAUACACAACGACAUAAGGAUCGGGCUGGUAAAAGCUCGACCAGUGAGGAAGCCUUCCUUCAGAUUGACGAUAAGGCCUGGAUUGAGUCCUUGAGCCGGUGGAUGUCGGAGGAUGAGUGGCAGCUGUUGUGGGUGGAGAACCCGGCUACGUUGUAUGAUUAUCAUGAGUAA